AUGACUGAAAUUGAAAGCUGGAUGCAGUUCAUUGAGCAUAGCCCCACUUCCUACCACACGGUUGAUCAAGUUAUAAAGCGACUAAAAAAAGGGGGAUUUGUCUGCCUUGACGAAAACACCAAUAAAAAACCAAAUCAAGCAGGAUAUUUCAUCAGCAAGAACGGUAGCAUCAUUGCUUUUCUCCUUCCUCGCAUAAAAAUUCAAAACACGCCUUCUUUUAGGAUAUGGGGGGCUCACACCGAUUCACCCAGUCUGCACGUAAAACCUAUUUGUGAGAUCAAUAAGAAGGGCUAUCAAAUGAUCUCAACAGAAGUGUAUGGAGGUGCCAUUCUCUCCUCAUGGUUGGACCGUCCCUUAGGAAUGGCUGGCAAAGUCUAUGUUCAAAAAAAUAAUAAGAAAAACCAAAAAGGUAUUGAAGAAAAACUCCUUUUCAUCAAUGAUCCCCUCAUGGUCAUCCCGCAUGCUGCCAUUCAUCUCAAUCGAGAGGUGAAUAAACAAUUUUCUAUUAACAAAGCGACCCACCUCAAUGCACUUUUCUCGAAUCGAAAUGAAAGUUUGAAUUCAAUCCUUUCUCAACACAUCGGUUGCAAGGCUAAAGACAUCCUUUCCCAUGACCUAUUCUUGGUCGAUAUUGAACCACCUAAAAUUUUUGGUCGAGAAAAGCAAUUCAUUAAUUCUCCUCGUCUAGACAACCUUGCAAUGGUGCAUGCGGGGUUAGAGGGAUUUUUAAAAGUUGCCGAACAACAAAACAAACUGGAUGCCAAGAAAACUAAGUCCCAAGAUUCAAUCAUACCCGCUGUUGUAUUUUUUAAUCACGAAGAAGUUGGCAGUCAAACCUAUCAAGGAGCUCUUUCCAAUUUUCUAACUCAAGCAUUAAUCGAAAUACUUCAAUUGACACAAUCAGCAAGAAAUAAAAAUCAAACUUCAAGUGAAAAAUAUUUUUACGAUUGCUUAGCUAAAAGUUUUAUGAUCUCUGCAGACAUGGCACAUGGCUUUCAUCCUAAUUUUGAAUCGCUUUAUGAUGAGAACCAUCGGCCUAUCUUGAAUCAAGGGCUUGUUAUCAAAUACAAUGCCAAUCAACGUUACGCAACGGAUGGAAGCAGCUCAGCGAUCAUCAAACAAAUCAUGUUAAACCACCAGCUACCUUAUCAAGAGUAUGUUCAGCAAGCAGAAAUUCCAUGUGGUUCAACUAUCGGACCACUGGUGAGUAGCCAAUUAGGAAUACCAACUGUUGACAUUGGAAGUGCAAUGUUAGCCAUGCAUAGCAUUCGAGAAACAGCUGGCAUUCAAGAUCACCUUUACGCCAUUCAAUUAGCAGAAAAGUUUUUAAGUCAUGAAUCCAUUGAAAUUCAAUAA